AUGGCAGUUCGUAAGGGCAUCGUCUCCGUUGCGGGUCAGGAGGUGAAAGUGAAGAAUGGUUUCUUGGACGACUUGUUGGAGGACAGCUCGCCUGAGUCCACUCAAGUGGUCAUCGAGCGAUCUACGUGCCCCGUCUUUACACGAAAGGAGGGGUCGUUCCAGACCUCCUUCGGCGACGCUCCCCUCCCGGAACUCUUUGAGCCGAUGCAAGCUCCAUGGCCCUCAGAGAUGACGACGAUGGACAGCUUCUCGGGCAACGGCCACGGCUGCGAUCGCCUCUCGUGGUCCUCGAUGGCCAGCGGAUAUGAGCCGGACAUGCCUCUCAAAGUGAUCUCGCGAGAUGUGCCCGCUCAAGCACCGCCACCGAUGCUGACGCCCCCGGUGCGCCGGGCCAGUCCAGCGGCCCUACUCCCCGCGCCCUCCGUUGGCUCGCAACGCCACGGAAGACCAGAGACGACAUGCACUCCGUGCCCUUUCUUUUGGCAGCCCUCCGGGUGUGUGGAGGGGCGCUCUUGUCUGUUCUGCCACCUCUGUCCGGAUCCAACCAUCAAGCAGAAGAAGCACCCCAAGAAGACGGUGCAGGGCGAUGAGCCCACGGUAACUUUUACAGGAGAGGCGCCGAUGACCCACAUCCCAAUCCCGGAGGCAACCAAAGUCCCCAUCGUCGAGGGCUACGCGCAAUACAUCGGUGCAGCCCAACCCCCAGGCGCAAGCACGACACCGGAGCAACAUCAGAAGGUUCUUGAGAUGCAGCAGAAGCUUUGCCCGAGCAUUUUUGAAGAUCAUGCAGCCGGGCAGUGCAAACCAUGCACUUUCUUCUGGAAGCCGGAAGGAUGCCGAAAGUCCGAGGCCUGUCACCAUUGCCACCUUUGCCCUCCCAGUGCUCUGAAAGACCGAAAGAUUCAGAAAGUCAUGGCUCGGCGACAAGAGAAAGCGAGCAAGGGUACACCGAAGACUCCCGAAGCACCGCCUGCAACGGGCGCGCCCGUGCCAGCAGGCCUUGUCUAUCUAUGA